GUUGUGUGCGGCUCCGCUGCCGGGGCCGGGCGGCGGCAUGGAGCACCUCGGGGCUCACCACCUGCACCAAGGCCAAGCCGAGCCCAUCAGCUUCGGCAUCGACCAGAUCCUCAACACGUCGGAGCCGGGCAGCUGCAUGGUGUCGCACCCGCGGCUGCAGGACUCGGCGGACUACGGGCUGGGCUGCAUCGUGGGCAGCGCCUACAACACGGUCACGGGUGGCUACGGGGCGAGCGGAGGCGCGGCCGGCGCCUACACCGGCACCUCCUGCAGUAUGGGCGGCCUGCCCGGCUCCUACAACGUGAACAUGGCGGUGAGCAUGAACGGCAACACAUUGAGCUCGGCCGGGGGAGUGAUCCGCGUCCCGGCCCAUCGCCCGGUGGCCGGCGGCGUGCACCAGCCCCUCUCCGCCGCCGUGCCGGCGGUGAACGGCAUGAACAGUCUCACGGGGCUCACCUUUCCCUGGAUGGAGAGCAACAGGCGGUACACAAAAGACAGGUUCACAGGUCACCCCUACCAGAACCGCACGCCUCCCAAGCGGAAGAAGCCGCGCACCUCCUUCACCCGCCUGCAGAUCUGCGAGCUGGAGAAGCGCUUCCACCGGCAAAAAUACCUGGCCUCGGCCGAGCGCGCUGCCCUGGCCAAGGCCCUCAAGAUGACGGACGCCCAGGUCAAGACCUGGUUCCAGAACCGGCGCACCAAGUGGAGGAGGCAGACGGCGGAGGAGCGGGAGGCCGAGCGGCAGCAAGCGAACCGCAUCCUCAUGCAGCUGCAGCAGGAGGCCUUCCAAAAAACCAUCAACCAGCCCAUCCAAGCCGACCCCAUCUGUGUCCACAACUCCUCUCUCUUCGCCCUCCAGAACCUCCAGCCUUGGUCUGACGACUCCACCAAGAUCACCAGUGUCACCACCGUCGCCUCCGCUUGCGAAUAAGGCUGGCACCCGCCGGCGGUACGUGCACCUUCUGCCGGCGGGGCUGUCCCCGGGGGGACACGUGGCAUCUCUGGUGGGAUGCGUGGCAUCCCUGUUUCUCCCUGGGGAAGGCUGGCACCCCACGGUCCUUCGGCCACGUGUGCAUCCCACGUGUCUGGCCGGGGAAAGCCUCCACGAAGACCGAAAGGAAGGGAAACCACCCCAAAAACUCUCCCCACCCGUGGGGCUGCUGGAGCAGCGGUGGUGUCUCACCUCCCCCCAACCCUUUUGUUCUCUUGAAAGUCUCCGGUGCUGACCGUGAACUUGCUGACGUGCUGCCAGACAAAAGCCCAGCCCUGACAGGCACGACCGCCGGCGUUCACCCAGCUGGGGGAGAGAAAACUUCCUUUGGAUUCUGCUGGUGGCAGUGCA